AAGGGAUUGGUCACUCGUAGAGGAGUGCCAUGGACAAAGUUUGCCGAGGGUCCAGGAUCGGCUCGGCACACCACAAGGGCGUGUGGCACAAGCUGGCGCGCUCCAGCAGCGACUUCCGGCGGGGGGGCUUUGUGACCCACACCACGCCCAAGUUGGACAACCCUACGGCGCGCAGGAUCACAAACACCGAAUACCUGAAGAGCCUGGCCACAGAUACCUUCCGUGAGUCCCAGGACUGGUUUCAUCAUGAGCAUGCAACGGCCAGGCUGCCGGCCGAGCACUCGCCGCGGCCUUCUCCGCGGAGAGGCCUGUUCGAUAGCCCGUCACCUUCGCCGCGGGCGAUGCGGCGUAGCAUGUCGGAGCGCGGUGUUCGCCUGCAGGAGCUUCGCCAGGACAAGGAGAAACCCGUCAGCCUCUUUGACAACGGCAAUGAGCAGUUCUGGGCCAGCCCCCGCUCGCCGCGGGGCGUCUCUGUGCGUAGCCCGCUGAAGGAGAAGCAGGCAUCGCCGCCGGCGGGCAGCGCAGUCAGGGGCAGGUCUGAGACUUCGCUGGCGCAGCGCGCCAGGGAGCUGAGCCCAAGGGACACGCUGCAGGACGCACCGGCUGCUCGCAGCCCCCGGGCCGCCGGGGACUACACGGGCCGGUCGCCGAGCCGCAACUGGAAGGUGUCGGAGGACUGGAUGUCGUACUCCACGGCGCCGGAGCCCAACUCUCCCCGGAUGUGUGGAAUUCGGCGACUCCAUAGUGGCAAGAUCACGCGGAACUCUGAGAACUGGUUGAGGGUGAAUGGCGAGGAUUCGCAGCCCGCAGCGCCGAUGAUUUACAACAGCGAGAACUUCUUGGGCUCCAAGGGCAAGAGGACAGGACUGCACAAGGAUCUGGAUGUCGCCAAGCACCUGAUGCGAUUCGAAGCAGACAGGGUGGCGCCGCCUCCUCCGAACAACCGCCGGCAGCACUUCCAGGACAACCCCCAGACCGCCAAGCACGUGGAGGAGCUGAGAACCCUUAGCCCUCGCAGGCUGCGGGACGCCAAGCGGGCGGAUGCCCUUAGCCCAGGCCGAAACACGGCCGCCGUGGACGUCCAGCACCGCACCAGCGGGGAGAUGGCCGCCGCUGUCCAGCCAGACUUCACCUCACCAGUGGCCGCAGCGGCGGAGAAAUACCUCGUGGGCUGCGAAAUCUUUGACAUGGCGAGCAACGGUGUGCGCAAAGGUGUCAAGGCGAAGGUCCGGCACCACACGAACUCGGAUGUGGUCAAAGAACAUAUCCAGCCGCCGGCCAACGCCUCUGCCAUCCCCAGCUCCAGGGAGGAAGCAGAGCGGCGCGUCCACGUUUUUGGGGACUUCUCGGUGUGUCCUGCCACGAUGCCGAAGGACACGGCGUUCAUCCACUCGGGCUUGAAAGUGGUGAAGUACCAGACACGUUCCCCAGGAACGUUCUCGCCCAAUGUGCGGCGCACGCCGGCGCUGCAGGCCCUGGCGAUGCGGAGCCCCAGGCCAGGUGAGUGAGAAAGCCCAAAGAGGCCGUGCAUCCUAUGCCUUUGAGGCGUGCCAAAGAUGAAUAAGUGGCAC